AUGGGAAGAGGAAAGGAAAAAUACACCUGCUUACAUUUCUUAGUUGUACUCAUUCGGAUCUUUAAUACCGUUUUAAGCUGUCCUGUAUCGGUACCGACUAUAUCGUACGUAUCUUAUUGUCCGAAAAGUCAAGAAGAGUGGGAAAAUGCCGCUGAAAGGAAGAAUUGUGAGAGCAUUGCUGUAAUUCAGAACUGCACUGAUCGGAGUAGAUUUCAAUAUCAUUGUUUGAUGAAUCACUGGAAAAACGCAACAUUAGAAGUUUGUACACCUAUUUUCUACUUACAAGGAUAUUGUGCAGAAUACAACAUACAAAUGAAACAAGUGGCAGAAAUUUACGACGAAGGAUUCGAAUGUCUGAAGUUUAAUGGAACACACAAAUGUCCACGAAGAUAUCCGUCCAACGAGGCCUAUAAAUAUCAACGAUGCUAUAGAUACAAUAAUAUAUCUAUGAGUACCGAGAAAUUAAGUUUAAAAAACAAAGACAACAGUUGGAUAGCUCUUGUGUUUAUUGUCAUCGUAUCACUCCUAUUUGGAAUCCUUGCCUUCGUGCUUGUGAUGAUGAGAAAGGGAAAAUGUCAUAAACUCAACAAAGAUGACACUGAAGAAGGACAAAACCUCCUACAUGUACAGCGGUCGGAAAUGCCAAAGGAAAACAUUUCAGAGGCUGACAAUUUUUCUCCUGGGUGUCAACAGCCUAACCUCCAACAUGUACAGCGGUCGGAAAUGCCAAAGGAAAACAUUUCAGAGGCUCACAAUUUUUCUCCUGGGUGUCAACAGCCUAAUGUGGAAUCGGAACAGAAUAGAUUUGUUGUCCACCCUCUGAUCUGA